GCAAAUUUUUGUUUUUCAAACAAAUAUUUAACGGUAAUAAUACAACUAUGAAGAAUAAUCCAAAUUAUAAAAAAAUUACGCCAUCACACAUAAUCUUCAUACCCAAAAACAAAACCAAAGAAUAAAAAAAUACUCAUAAGAGUCCAAAUUUCCAAUUUAUCUGCCCAGCAGCGACAGUGCAGUGCUUCCGCCGCUCCACGGAUCCAGGCGCCGCGUUUCCACCCUCCUCUCCUCUCCUUUCCUGUGCUCUCUAACUAUUACAUCAACAUAUCUAAGCAUUGAUUUGUGAUACUAUUGAAGUUGCUGCUUUCCUCUUCUGAACCACUUUUAUAAGAAAUGUGAGCUGUUAAAAGUCCAGCUCACUUAAAGAUAGCAGCAGACAUAAUAGCUACAGUUGAUAACAUUGACAAAGUUGACUCUUUUAAUGAAAAUAUGAAAAGCUUCUGAAGGCAAUUUUGGCAAUGUAAAGUACUUGUUAAUGUCACAAAAGGUGAGGUAUGGGGACGAUGAAAUUUCCAAAGCGUUAUUUAGUCGUCAUAUUGACCUUCAUCUGCACAUCUGUUUGCUAUAUAGAACGUGUUGGGUUUUCAAUUGCAUACACUUUUGCUGCUGAUGCUGUUGGGGUGAAUCAAGCAAGUAAAGGCACAAUUCUUUCUACAUUCUAUUAUGGAUAUGCUUGUUCACAAGUGCCUGGAGGCUGGGCAGCCCAGAAAAUUGGAGGAAGGAAGGUCCUUCUCCUUUCCUUUGUAUUAUGGUCAGCGACUUGUGCAUUGGUUCCUUUGGACCCCAAUCGAGUCUUUGUCAUGGUGGUUGCUCGGUUGCUUGUUGGUGUUGCACAAGGUUUUAUAUUCCCCUCAAUUCACACAGUUUUAGCACAGUGGGUUCCACCGCAUGAAAGAUCCAGAUCGGUUUCUCUUACAACUUCUGGUAUGUACCUAGGUGCAGCUGCAGGAAUGCUUUUUCUUCCAAGCCUUGUAAAGUAUAGAGGUCCGCAGGCUGUCUUUCUUGUCGAGGCAGCACUAGGUGCCAUGUGGUCUUUGCUUUGGUUCAAGUAUGCCAGUGACCCACCUCGCUCAGAACAUCCAAAAGCCACAGCUGCUGGUUUUGGGGAAUCAGCGUUGCCAAUCAACGGAAGUGAAAAGCUGAAACUAGAGAAUGGAGGAAGUUCCAUCAGAAGUGCGAAAAUCCCAUGGAAGAAAAUUUUACUCAGUUUGCCAGUUUGGGCAAUCGUGGUUAAUAAUUUCACAUUCCACUACGCCUUAUAUGUGUUAAUGAACUGGCUGCCGACAUACUUUGAAUUGGGGCUCCAGCUUAGCCUUCAGGAAAUGGGUUCUUCUAAGAUGUUGCCGUAUCUCAACAUGUUUGUUUUCUCAAAUAUAGGUGGGGUGGUUGCUGAUCACUUGGUCACAAAGAGAAUCUUGUCUGUGACCAGAACGCGGAAGCUCUUGAACACCAUAGGGUUCAUAGUUGCUUCUCUUGCACUGAUGGCAAUUCCCAUUUUCAGAACAUCUGGUGGAGCUGUCCUCUGCUCUUCUGUGGCUCUGGGUUUCUUGGCGCUUGGGAGAGCUGGUUUCGCAGUGAAUCACAUGGAUAUUGCCCCGAGAUAUGCAGGCAUUGUGAUGGGAGUUUCUAACACUGCUGGUACGUUAGCUGGCAUUAUUGGAGUUGAUCUGACCGGCAAACUUCUUGAAGCCGCUAGAAGUGUUGAUUCGAGUCUUUCAAGUCCAGAGAGCUGGAGAUUGGUGUUCUUCAUCCCGGGUUUGCUCUGCAUUUUUAGUUCUUUAGUAUUUUUGCUGUUCUCAACUGGGGAGAGAAUUUUUGACUGACGAGGUAGGGUUUUUUCCAUGCAAACCUCCUGCUCGUAGCUCAUCGAUAGAUGUACACGCGGAUUCUAGAUAUAUAAUUGUUCGUAGUUCAGUGAUCAUUCCUGACAAGGUACUGUAGCAUAUGAUUGUUGCCUUGGGACAGCGUAUGAACUUAAGAAAAAAGAUCGGUAGCAAAGCGAUAGCUGAUCAUAUGUGGAGAUAGAUUACAAUGAGUUCAACUGUUAAGCUCACUGAUUGCUUCCACCAUAUAAUUUAUUUCGUGUGUAUGAAGGUUAGGUGAAAUUAAUAAGCCCAUAUACAAUAUGAAGUGGUCAGUCUACUCUAGGGUAGAGUGCAUGUCUUCAAAUUAUUACAUUCUCUCUGUUUUUUCAAUGUAUUUGCUGAAUUUGAUUUCA